CAUUGUACAAUAGAAAACAAUAUUUAAUUUUCUGACGAAGAUUUAGGUUUAUCUAACUGUAUAUCAUUACUUAUAUUCUACCGUUUUUUUUAGAUUACUUCUGGAAGAGCUAUUCGAAUAUAUCGAUCGUCUGCAGAUUGAGGGUUCUAAGCCGGUUUCAUGUGAAAAUUCUUUAAAACUGGAGGAAGAGGCAGCAUUUUCGCGACGGCCUAUGUAUUCCGCCGAAGAGAUGAAACGUAGUCUGAGCAAAGCGCGAGCUGUUGCUUUCAACGAAAUCAUUGACGUGAAUGGUUUGUUGAAUGUCACGGCUAUUAAAUCUGGCUACAGUAUUGGUACCUGCAACUGGCUAAUCACCACUGACUACCACAAGGCGAUCGAUUUGGCGCCAAUGAUGUCCCCUGAUGUCGUCAUAGUAAGCUGUAUAAGUCAAUUUCCCCAUAGACAUCCUGACGAAACUCUCACGGAAUUCGCCAAAAUCAUCGAGAAAGUGUUGCGUUCAGGAGGCAAUGUCCUUGUGCCUUGUUCUCCUACAGGUCUGAUUUACGACCUCAUCGAGUUCCUCUCGAUUACACUGGCAAACGACGGACUAUCUAAAACAUCUAUGUAUUGCGUGUCUAGCGUCGUCGACACAUGUUUUGCGUUUGCAAACAUAUACCCAGAAUGCCUAGUCGAAAGCAAGGAGCAGAAAGUGUUCGUGCCGGAAGAGCCAUUUCUUCAUGGAUCGUUGAACAAAAAUGGUGAUCUGAAGUACUACACGUCGCUUCACGAGCGCUUACACAGCGAGUUUGAACCUCCAGCGGUGGUUUUCGCAUCACAUCCGUCUUUGAGAAUGGGCGACUCAGUUCAUUUUAUGGAGUUUUUUAACACAGAUCCCAAAAAUGCUGUCGUAAUCGUUGGUAAUUUUGCAGAGACUUUUGACGACUUUGAUUAUUGUGUCACUUCUAGAACCAAGUUUCUGCGAUGAUA